AUGGCUCUCGCAGAAGCAGACUUGCCCAACGGCAAAACCAACGGCAAAGCCUCGGGGUCCGAGGAGACUCCUGCGCCCGUUCAGAAGGUCGACAUGAACGUGGCAAUCAACGAGCUCCGUGUGGGCUGCAAAGUCCACGUCGAGAAAGACGGUGAGGACCGAGUUGCUGAAAUUCUCAGCGUGCAAAUGAGACGUGGUAACCUCGAGUUCUAUGUGCACUACGUCGAGUUCAACAAGCGUCUGGAUGAGCGUAUUGCGGCUACUCGAGUCGACUUGUCACAGGGUGUCAUUUGGCCCGAGCCAGAGAAGCCCAAGAAGCCUCUCAGUGGUGCUGCAAAGGAGAGCAGCAAGGAGAAGAAGAAGAACCCCUCCAAGAAGCAGAAGCUCACAGAUUCGGCUGCAACUACUCCUGGAGCCAAUUCGGAAGAUGUCAUGGACCUGGACAACCUCCAGGUUAACGGCACCACCCAGGACCCCGACAAUUUCAACCGUGACGAGGAGAUUGAGAAGCUCAGAACUGGAGGAAGUAUGACACAGAGCAGUCAUGAGGUGGCUCGAGUUCGAAAUUUACAGAGAAUUGUUCUAGGCAAUCAUGUCAUCGAACCGUGGUACUUUUCUCCCUAUCCUAUCGAGCUGACCGAAGAAGAUGAAAUCUACAUUUGCGACUUUACCCUGUGUUAUUUCGGGUCCAAGAAGCAGUUUGAGCGGUUCAGAUCCAAAUCCACUCUGAGACAUCCUCCUGGGAACGAAAUCUAUCGAGAUGAGGCAGUCAGUUUCUUCGAGAUUGACGGCAGAAAGCAGAGAACAUGGUGCCGAAACCUGUGUCUCCUUUCAAAGCUUUUCCUGGAUCAUAAGACUCUCUACUACGAUGUGGACCCCUUCCUUUUCUACUGCAUGACUCGACGAGAUGAGAAGGGUCACCAUCUGGUAGGAUACUUUUCCAAGGAGAAGGAGUCUGCUGAGGGAUACAAUGUCGCUUGUAUUCUCACACUGCCGCAAUACCAGCGUCACGGUUAUGGCCGCCUUCUUAUUGACUUCUCAUAUGCCCUUUCCAAGGCUGAGGGCAAGACUGGUUCCCCAGAAAAGCCUCUUUCAGAUCUGGGUCUGCUGUCAUACCGAGCCUAUUGGGCAGACACCAUUAUUGAGUUGCUCAUGGAGAAGGGUAAGCAGGAGAUGACAAUCGAAGACAUUGCCUCCGUGACCGCCAUGACCACUACAGAUGUGCUGCAUACCCUGCAGACAUACAACAUGCUCAAGUACUACAAGGGCCAACACAUCAUUUGUUUGACAGACAGUGUGUGCGAAAAGUAUGAAAAGAUGCUCAAAAAGCGGCGCCGAAAGGUCAACUCGGAGCUCCUCAAGUGGAAGCCCCCCGUAUUCACAGCUGCACAGCUGCGGUUUGCUUGGUAA